CAUGUUUGUUAUUUUAUACAAUGUGGAUAAACUGACUUUUUCUCAUAUUUAUGUGAACAACUCGGAUUUUUUGUAUUCAAUUGAAAAAGCAGACUUGCAAUUGGCGAGGUUUGAAUGUAUUUCACUUCGUCACAUGCCAGCGCGCAUAUCUGUCAAGUCAGAAACGUAAACAAACACGGACAACCGCCCGUAAAGAUUGUGUGCAGAAUAAUCGUAAAAUUUUAUGUGAAAACUCGGGAAAAGGAAAAACAUCAUUUCAUCCCGAAAUUUGGCAACAUUCGUCCGAGUAUGAUCGAGCAGCUGUGUGUGUGUAUGCCGACGAAAUACGACGCCGUUUCUACAACAAUCACUAAAGCCGGCUGUGAUCGUGAUCGGCACAUUCUCAACUGGACCAACACACCGGUCGUUGUGUAUCUUCAAGCAAACCAACGUUGCCAUACACCACAAAAUAGCAUGGAAAGGAAAGUAUUAUAAAGUAAUGUCAUAUUUGAAAGCAUUCUAAUCUUUCAUUGUUAUUUUUCCACUGCAAACAGGACAUUGGAUCACCGCAUCGACAAGUGGUUUUUAUGUGCAAGUGUUGUUAAGAAGUGUGUUGUACGGUGUAUUACGUGUUUUACUUUAUUUGUAUCGCUUUGCAAGUGGUACAAUUAGUGCGUUUAAUCGUUGUAAUACAGCUAACAUAAGAUUUACCCGAGCAUUAGAAGCGGCAACAAUACAUGUGCCUGACGCAGAGACAACAACGCUGUCGGCAUCCGUUGAUACCAUCCAAAGUGAUGGUUGAAAUCGUAUUUAAACGUGUAAAACCAUGUAUUGGGGCAUGUAAGUAUUGAAUAAUAGCUAAAUAAAAUACAUUUUAUCGUUGUACUGGACAAUGUGCAUCGAAAUUAAAAAAAGUGUGUGUGUUUUUGUUUACAUCCGAAUACAGAACCCACAACGCUAUACUGUGGUUCGAGAACUCGCUAAGUAACGCUUGAGCUUUGAGCUUUCAUUGAGCUUACAUAGAAUGUUACACGCUACCUGCUCACUAAGGACUGCUAUCGAGCAGUGUUAUGAGCAGGUAGCGAGCAGUAACGCCUCCAUACAAAAAUCGCGAAACGUAACGCUCCAAUGCUAUUUGGGGUGUCACAAUAGACGUCCACGUGUUGCUAUGCGUACGUGAUAUCAUUUUGAGCGACUAAUUUUGACAAUCUAUUGAUCAAUUGUGAUCAUUUGCUUGUAAUCUCAGCAGCAACGGGCGAAGCAGAAACAUCGAAUCGAUGAAAGCUCCGCUAACAUUGCAACUCCCACCAACAGAUGGCGCUGUAUGGUAUUUUCAUAUAUUUUGACCGUUUUAGCGGUUUAACUGCACGACGCUUUGGACGCUUGGAACAGAGUAAGCUUUGGUCGUAUUGCUUGGGAUUUUCUAAAUUUAGCUAUAAUUUCAAAUACCUAAUAAAAAAAAAACUGCAACAAUGCCCGUUGGUUUCUAGGCCACGCUUACCUUUGCCACCUCUGCCUCUGCAAACAAAAUUGUCCUAAUUAGCGCCAGAAUGGUAAUGAAACGCAAACACUGUUGUAAUAAUCGUACUUCAUUUAUCUCGUAAGUAUUUUAUCGAAACGUUGUACAAUUCAUCUAGAACCUUUUAGGAAACAUUAACAAAUACGCUGCACUGACGGGCAAGGUCGAGGAAUUACACAAAGUCGAGACCGCUGCACUGAUGCACGAUCCUACUGGUGAAACUUAUACCGCGAGCAGCUGGUCUUAACAUACACACAACACAUCGACCAAAGCCAUUUGCAUUCGCAUGCGUCUCUAUCAUUUAUACUAAACCUGCUUGCUAUCUUAAACUGAAUGCAUUCAUCUUGCUCUGCUCUAGUACUGCUGUGGAAUUGAUCUGAGCUUUUCUCGUAUG